AUGAUGGAGAUGAUGAUGAAGAAGGAUGCCGAGACGCAGCAAACAUUUAAAAAUCAUGCUGCCAUAAUUCAUAACCUUGAGGUGCAGAAUCAGCAGAUGGCUAAAGCACUGCAAAGCAGAAGACAGGGGGGUUUACCAUCCACUACUGAGCAAAACCCCAGAGAGCAUCUCAAGGCUAUUGAGUUGAGAAGUGGUAAAGCACUGGAUGAUCCAUAUGCAGGACGUGCUACAGUUGAGGCGGAAAAGGAACAGUGUGAGGGUGGCGAGCCUGAAAAGGUAGUUGCUAAACCACCUCCACCACCUCCUUUUGUGCCAAAGGUGCCAUUCCCACAUAGAGUGAAGAAGCCGCAAGACACUUGGAAGUUUCACAAAUUUCUUAAAACUUUCAAGAAGCUACAGAUCAACAUCAGUCUGGCAGACGCACUGAGAGAGAUGCCGCACUCUGCGAAAUUUCUCAAGCAGAUCAUCACCAACAAGCGGAGUUGGGAUGCAGAGGGACCAGUACCAAUGACAGAAAACUGCAGCUCAAUCAUAUUGAGCAACCUACCGACCAAGCUCAAAGAUCCAGGGAGUUUCACUAUCCCUUGUACUGUUGCUAACAUGCAGUCUGUUAAUUGCCUUUGCAAUUUAGGAGCUAGUAUUAAUUUGAUUCCCUUAUCCCUUUUUCGUAGUAUGUUUGGUGAUCAACAGGUACAUGCCACGCCGAUGAUGCUGCAGCUAGCGGAUCACUCUCUGAAGAAGCCACAUAGGAUUGUGGAGGAUGUCCUAGUUAAGGUCAACAAAUUCAUAUUCCAUGUGGAUUUUGUUGUCCUUGACUACGCAGCAGACAAGGAGUGCCCGAUGAUAUUGGGGCGACCAUUCAUGAACACUGAAAGAGCUCUUAUCGAUGUUCAUGAUGGCAAGCUGACUCUGAGGAUUGGGGAUGAAAGCGUCGAGUUUGACAUGAGGAAGAUCACACACCAUCCCAAUUCUGAAGGUGAAUGUAUGCGGGUAGACAUGGUGGAUUAG